CAUAAAUACAUCUGUUCAUGUUAUUAUCAUAAUAAAAACAUUAUUAUUAUUAUUAUGACGACACUUUUCAUCAAUGAUGUUUCGCCACAGCGGGCUCAUCAGUACCUGGUGAGAAAAGGUCAAUCCAGCUCUGACUUGAGGCUGUUCAAGAAACAGCUCAACUUGAUCUGGUUCCACCUCUACCACAGGCAGAGAAACACAGGCCUGGACUCCAGUGGAUUUGAACAUGUGUUUGUUGGCGAGACAAAAUCAGGAACAGAAAUCAUUGGCUUUCACAACUGGGUCCAGUUCUACCUGCAAGAGAAAAACCAACACUUGGACUACAAAGGAUAUAAGGCCAGGGAGCAUGAUUUGCCUGAUCAAGAUGACCACGUUCUCAACCUCCAGUUCAGCUGGCACGGUGUGGUGAAGCCCGUUGGCAGCGCCUUCAUCGGCACCAGCCCCGAGUUUGAGAUGGCCGUCUUCACCAUCGUCUUCCUCAUGAACACGGAGAGAAGCACCACAGUUGUGGUCAACAUUGACCAGUGUCAGAUGGAGCUGGUGGUGAUCAGACACGGGCGCUCACUCGGGACAGCGUACCCCAAACUGCUCAGCAGCAACGGCAGACAUGUCAGGCAGCACGCGCACUGAUGUGAUCCAUCAUUUUAUUUACUUCUGAUCAAAACUAAUCUUUGUUCAGCAAUACGUGGCCUCAUUAAUACGGAACUGACCUGCCUAAUGUACUGCAAAGGACAUUUACAUGUAUUUCAAGAUCACUGUGACCUCAGUAGCUUUCAAUAAAAUGUUAUUUUGGAGUUCAACAUUUUUAUUUUGCACAGUUUUCUUUAGAAAACAAGUCUUUCUAGUCAUUUACAUUUAUUCAAUGUAAUAUAUAUAGAACAUAGAACUGUGGCAUGACCCUUGUGGGGACAGUAAAAGCAAACAAAAGGGAGAUCCCGCAAGUGAUGAAAAGUAAAGAAAAUCAUGUGUCCUUCCUCCCUGCUUCAAAAAAGAAGGUUGUCCUGCUCCUGUCAUCCAUGCACAGACAACCAAGCAUAGGACCCACUGAAAACCUGAAGUGAUUGGAUUUUAAAACCAAGCAAAGGUGGUGUUGAUACUUUUGACCAGAUGUGCACUCACAUGGCUGUGGAAGAAAAACCAAGAAAUGGCCCCUUUGCGUCUUCUAUGGCAUGAUCAUUGUUGGUGUGAUGAACUCGUGGAUCAUUCACAAUAAGAAUGCAGUGAAGAGAGGUGACAACCACAUGCCUUAUAUGCAGGCUUUGGCACCGGCACUUAUGAAACCAUUGGCAGAGUAGAGGCUCCCCUCUUCAAAUCUGACACGUCAACUCACAGUCCUGAUCUGUAUCGUGCUCAACAUCCCUACCCUUGUCACUCUUGCAGGUGACAAGGGUAGGACCUGCAAGGACCUGUCCAAGCCUGACUGCCCCGCAGGCUUGGACAGGAAGUGUGUCCAUGCCAUUAUUACCCUGCGUGUACUGACAGCAUGUAAGGCAGGGGUGUCAAACUCAAUUGCACAAGGGGCCAAAACUCAAGGCACACUUUAGGUCGCGGGCCAAAGAAGAUAAACAUUUAUUGAACACACUAAAACAAUGUUUUUAAACAUAAAUAUGAAUAAAAACAGAUAGGAAUAUUAUUCCAGAUUAAAUACACUUAUAAAAUAAACUUUAAAUAUUUUGCUCUUCAUAAAAAUAUAUCCUGU